AUGGCCACCAAACUUGUGGAUCUGGUGUACUGGCGGAGCGUGAGGUGGACUGGUGUGGUCUUCACGGGGCUGGUGAUCGCUCUGGCGAGCCUGUUCCAGCUCAGUGCCAUCACCGUGCUCUCCCACCUCUGCCUGGGUAUCAUGUGUGUCACCUUCCUCCUCCGUCUCUGGUACAAGCUGCUGGAGCUGCUUCGCUGUAACCCUGGGGUGCACCCUUUCCAGUCACAUCUGGAGUAUGACAACACUCUGACAGAUAAGGAUACAGUGAUGCUGGUCGAGGAGGUGGUGCUACUGGUUGCAUUCGCUGUUACAGAGAUCAAACGGCUCCUUUACAUCGACUGCAUGAUUGACUCUAUGAAGUUUGUUGUGUUCCUGUAUCUGUUGACCCAUGUCGGUGUCCAAACCAGUGGACUGACUCUCAUCAUAGCUGCUGUGAUCGUUGUUUUCUCACUUCCUCUCUUUUACAAAAAGCAGCAGAUGCGGAUAAGGAAGAUUGUUCGAGCGGUAAAAGCUUUUGUGAAGAAAAUCAAAAACAUGUGCCUCAACCUGUAUAGUUCAGUGAGACCCUCCUCUGCUCCUGCAGCUGCCCCGAAACCUGCAGCUGUACCCGUCGUCAAACAGAAGGCCAAGGCAAAGUAGCUAGUUUACUGACGCGUUCAGGGCACCCAGGGUUUGGGAUUUGGAAAAUGUUGGAAUGGUACAUCCUCUGUGGGGGCCGCUAGAGGGGCAGCUCAUUUCCAUCUCUUCACCGCGAUGUUUGUUCAUGGGAGCAAGUUUUAAUUGAUCCUGACGGCUGAAACAAAACUACCAUUCACUCAAGGACAGGAAGGGGAAGUGAUAGGGCAGAGGAAUUUUAUUUACAGAGAUGUUUUGUUGGCAGUGUUCAGAAUAACUAGUUCACACAGUGAUGCAGUCCAGCAACUUAUAUUUCCAUAAGUACACUGAGCGCCGUACAAAAUUUUUGCUGAUUUUAUUAUUUAGCAUUAAAAAACUUCAGUUGAGAAGAAAAUUAACAUUAUCUGCAUCCAUCAAUUAACAUAUUGUUAUGCUUGCUUUGCUGAAGAAAAAGUCAUAAAAAUGUCAUUAAACCAAGUAGAAACAGUAAAAGAAGUUAAGUUCACCUAUUCUAAUGUGAUAACGAUAACAGAUGUACAAACUUUUUACUAAGCAGGUUAGUGGGUUUUUAAAGCUGAAAACAAAGCUUUGAGAGCAGUGAGAGAUCAAAUCGGUCAAAUGUGCACCAGAAAACCAAAGAAAAUUGAAGUUAAAAAAAAUUUCAAAGCUGCAUGGGGAACUGCAGUCAGAUGAUAACACUAACCGUUCAGUCUUUUUACUUGGAUAUAUUGAAUAUAAAUCAUUAAGUGCUUCAAGCCUGGUAGUGUAUUUCUCUCUUAUUUCUCAAGUUGCUCUUUCAAACUCUCUUGGAGCAUCAAGUUGUCCUCAACUUUUACAUUUUUGUCUAAGACAUAACUAUAUAUUUAACUUUCUUGACGACCAUAGCUGAUUUGCAAAAAAGUGCUCCAUAACCUGCCGUCAAAGGACAUUUCAAUAGAAAUAAACAGCUUUUUAUACCAUUUUCAAAAUAUGAAUCUUCAUCUUCAGACAUUAGACACUUCCUGACAUGAAGGACUGAGACAGAAGAAUGGGUCAACUUAACAAAUUAGGCUGUGCAACAUAAUGCUGCUGGCAACUUGAGAAUAACAAGAAGAUGAAUAUGACAGUUAAAUAGCUAAAUAGCGACUAGGAAUUCAUUAAUAUUCAUAAGGUCAGGCUCAACAUCCUAAAAAAAAACAAAAAAAACAGUGAUUGCUCUUGUGGCACCAAAGAAAAUAUUAAGAAUAAGAAUAUAAUUUAUUUUGGAUAUUUUUUGUCAGUCGAUUGCCCAGACAUUUCCUCAUCCACAUUUUCCAAAUCAACCAAACUAUUUCAGAACGUGUUCAUUUGUUGAUUGAACUAAGUCAAUAAUGAACCUUUGUCUUCACUGUAGCUCAGGACACUUCAAUGGUGACCUAACAUGGAGAGUUGGAAAUGUUUCCGAAACUUUCUGUUCAAGCUUUAACUCACGAGAGGUCUAAUCGAUAAUGGCCAUGUUUAAAUUUGUUGAUGAACUUUUCCUCUAUUCUGAAACCUGUAUGGUUUUAGCUUCCAAACCUGAGCCAGUCAACUGUAAGCAGUUAUUUCAGUACAGCUAUUUAGCCGGCGAGCUACGGUUAGCAUGUCAGAUCGUGUUAGUGAUCAUGUGGCGCUCUCUAGUGGUCAGUGUUUUGGAACUUAAAACAAAGCUGCACUCUUACUACCAUGUCUUAAUGCGCUUAUGUUAUUGACUGAAAAUUCACAUUGAGAUGCAGGAUUUCAGCAGCAUUCAAGUUCAGUUAAUAUCUUUUAACACAACUGUCAAUUGUGCUACAAAAUAAAAGUGUAAUUGCGAUCUUCAGAGAAGUUAAGCCAAUAGCUUGAAGCUGUAGGCACAGUCUGUUACUGUUCUCACUGUUGUUUCAGGUUUACUUAUUUAUUAUUUUUUUAUAGUUUUUUUUCCUAUUAUC